CGUAGAAUGGAAGAGGCAUGGAGAAAUUUGCAGAACACCGUAUCUCUUCGUUAUUGGUGUUGAAUUUUCUGACACCAACCAAAAUCUCCUUGGAAAUUGCUUGUUUAUUGCGGCUUGUGCAUUUAUCACUCUAAAUUGGAGUUUUUUCAAGAUUGGAAUUAUUCAAAGCCGGAAUCUUAUUGCGGCAUUUUCUGCUUUCGAUUCUGACGUUUUGGUGACUGGAAUGAUGUAG